UCAGCGCGCAGACCAAUCCGCUCUCCGUGACGCUUCCUGGAGUUGUCUGAAAGCUCUGGCGGGAGACUACGCAACUCGUAUUGUCUGUCAGUUUAAGUAACGAGUUUCGCGAAAUAACACCUGUUUUACGUCUACACGUUACUCUCGAUCAUAGAUUUAAUUAUUUUUCCUUUUAAUUUGUGAGGAGAGAUUACCUAGACUUCUCUAUUCUCCUGCUUUAACAGUAUAACGUUAGUCCACGGUGUUGAACCAAUAGCUCGCAAGCUAAGAAGUGAAGCCAACGCUUCUGGAGUUUUACUUGAAAACGAACGUUAGCGCAAUGGCAAAAGUGCAAGUGCUAAAUGUAGCUGUUCUUGACAACCCGAGUCCGUUUGGGAACCCGUUUCAAUUUGAAGUGACUUUUGAGUGCAUGGAGGAUCUUCCCGAGGAUCUGGAAUGGAAGAUUAUUUACGUGGGCUCAGCAGAAAGUGAAGAGUAUGAUCAAACUCUUGAUUCUGUCCUGGUUGGUCCAGUUCCUGCAGGCCGACAUAUGUUUGUGUUUCAGGCGGACGCUCCAAACACUGGCCUAAUACCUGAGAGUGAUGCUGUGGGUGUCACUGUUGUUCUGAUCACCUGCACAUACAGAGGACAGGAGUUUAUACGCAUCGGCUACUAUGUUAACAAUGAGUACAUGGACACUGAGCUUCGUGAGAAUCCGCCCCUCAAACCUGACUAUGGACAGCUCCAGAGGAACAUUCUGGCUUCCAACCCACGUGUAACCAGAUUUCACAUCAACUGGGAGGGAUGUGCUGAGAAAAUGGAGGAUUCAGAGAACGUGGACCCUGCACCCAAUGCCAUGCUGCCCCCAUCCUGCACUCCGGGAAAAGCACCUCCACUCAGCCUGGUGCCAGACAACUCCAUGGACUGUUUGUAGUGACGCAGGCUCCUGUGAAUAAUCCUCACAUCUCAAGGCUCAUCUGAGAGAUCAGGUCAAUCUGGACACUGUGGAGGAGAGGCGGGAUUAUUCAAACACAUCAGAGAAAAAAAACAAAAACAGGUUUAUCUAAUUUUGUUACUGUUGCCACAUGUAUUUGAAACAACUCCGUGGUGUGCAGCAUAUGACAAAUUCUCCAGUAUGCAAUAAGCAUGUUUGCUUUUCAGUUUGAAACAUGAAUGGAAAGCUGAUGAGUCAUAAAUAUAUAAUACAUAAUUUAGGUAUUAGGAUGUGUUGCAUCUAAUGCCAUCAAACUUUUGAUCCAAAACCGAUCCUUCCUCAAAUCGAAAGGGGAUGGAAGAUCAGUUCAGCAGAUAAGAAGUCUGAUGCAUAAUUCAGACACAAGCAGCAAUAAUUCUGUAAAAGAUUGCAGUGGACAAUAUUUUUGUAGUUGGGACUGUAUUAUACUGUGUAUAUAUAUCUCUCUCUCUCUCUUGUUUUGUUCUUAACGAAAUAAAUGUUUUGUUACGUGA